UCCGACAGCGGCUACACUGCAACAGAGAGGGAGGAAGAGACACACAAAAAGUGGAGGAAGACUUGCAGGAGAAAGAAGGAAGACAGAGGAAACAGAGAGCAGAGAGACGACGCCGGCGGGAUGUGGGGGCGCGUGCGGGACCCCCCCGCGUGCUCGCAGUGCCCCCAUCACGUGCGCACGGGGUCCGACGCGCCCGUGCCCUUCUCUGAGUUCUGCGAGGCCUUCGGGUUCCCCACCGGACCCUCGGGGUCCCCUGCGCUGCUGGCGUUCUACGAGCUGCGGGGCCCCGCCGGGGGUCUGCUCCAGAGGGGGCGGGCGAGCGGGUGCCCCCGCCUCGGCCUGCACCCCGAAACCCUGCUCUUCGGCUCCGAGGGGUACCUGCAGUCGGUUAUGGAGGCGGGCGAGGAGGUGAGCUACAUCAUGCUGUACAGCAGCUCCACCCCCUGCGAGGAGCCGCCCGCCCUGUGCGCCAGCGCCAUCGCCCGCUUCCUGGAGCUGCACCCGGGCGUGCGGCUGGACCUGCUGUUCGCCCAGCUGUACCGCGCCGACGAGCGCUGGCCGGGCAGCGCCCAGAACCGGGCGGGGCUGCGGCGCCUGGCCGCCCUCUGGCCCCGCCUCACCCUCAGCCCCGUCUCGGGCGGGGCCUGGGCCCAGCUGCAGCGCGGUUUCGUGCGGGACGCCGCCCCCUCCGCGCCCCCGCCGGCCCCCUCCCCCAGCCGGGCCGCCGCCGACCGGCUCAACGCCGUCUGGAUCUCGGCCAUCACCGGCGUCGGCCCCGCCUUCCUGGACCUGUCCCGCCGGGCCGCGCCCGUCUCUGACCCCGCCCCGGCCGCGCCCGCCAGGCGGUCCCUCACCUUGCUUCCGCCCCCACAUCGCCACCGCUACCUGCCAGGGACCUUCCCUCACGACAUGCCCCCCCACCCCGCCAAACCCCUCCCCGUCAGGACCGGCCAUCGCCCCCCCGUCAACGUGGUGCGGCACGUCCGUCUGCCCCCGCCCGGCCCGGGCCGUCCCCCCUCCUCUCUUUCUUCAGCCUCAUCCUCCUCUUCCUCCGUCCUGCUGCCGCCCGGGCGCCCCGUGGAGGUGCGGAAGGUGACGGAGAGGGAGGUUCCUAGCGACAGCCAAUCACAGCCCGAGGAGCUCCGAGAAAGGAAGGCCCCGCUAUAAAUAGCGUACGUCGGCGGCGUCCGCUCGUUCUCACGGACAGCCGCAGGGUUUGCGGAUUCCAGCUGUUACUCGGGGAUGAACUGAUGAGCUAAAUCAGUUACCCAAACAGUUAAUAGCUCAUCUCACAUCUGGGUUUUUUAUUUUUAUUUUUUUUUGGCUCUGAAAUAGUUUAAAUAGUUUAAGGUGCAAAUCCUAAACCAUUCUGCGGUUCUUCUGAGCGGCAGGAACAAACGUGACGGCUGU